AUGGGUGGUGAUCUAUUUAUGAUAGCUCUGACUGUAGAACACCCCAUUUCCCAACCUGUGGCAAAAAAAGGAGAUGAUGAUGAUGGGGGUGGAGACAAUGAUGAGGAUAUAGAUGGUCUGGAUCUAGAUGCAGAUGGUGACAUGGAUACUGACAAAAAUGGAUCUGCUGGUGGAGCUCACCAAGAUAAGGAAAAACCUGAUAAACCCACACCACCUCUUGUGCAACCUGAGGAGGGGGAGAACCAGGCUAAUGCUGCAGAAGGAGAAGAACCAGUAGAUGGGGAAGGGACUGAACAGAAUGGAGGGAAGAAAAAACAGCUGAAGAAGAAGUGGGGGCCUGUUGUGGCUAAGAAGAAAAGCUCAAGGCUGAUGAAUGACAACAGAACAAUUCAAGAGAAGGCUACAGAAAUCAAGAAAGUGAGGAACCUGGAGGAUAAUUAUCCUACAAAAAAAGCAAUGGAUGGAUAUCGAACAGGUGUUCAGAAGACUGUGGAGGUGCAUGCAGCUUUGGAGACCAAUGUUCAAGCAAAACAUGGUGCAAGAAGUGGACCGCUGAUGCAACUUCUUGGGGGGUCUGAUCAGGACCCCUUCUGUGAUAAUGCCCUCGUGAAGAAGCUCAAACGAGGGGAGUUCGACUGGGGGCGCUGA